AUGGCGGAAGCAGAAACGCGGGUCGCCAUUAUCGGUGCGGGCUGGGCCGGAAUUCAGCUCCUGCAAAGCCUCCAGGAGCUGGGAAUCGACGCUGAGGUGUUUGACAAACUGAACGCCGUCGGAGGGACAUGGACCCCUCAGAUGAGCUAUAGCGGUCUCUCCCUGCACAGCCCGCGCUGGAUCAACGGCAUCUCGAGCCAUGGAAAGAUCUUUCCAUGGGUCAAAGAUGACGAUGAGAGCUGGCAUUCGAAGCCAGACGCGCAAGAGGUCCACACCUAUCUGAACGAUUACGUCGACCAUCACGGUCUUCGAUCCAAAAUCCACUGCAAUGCAUUCAUCACCGAGAUCUGCCACUGCUCAAAGUCUCAGCAGGUGCACGUCAAGGUGCAGUUAAACGGCCAGCUGGUCCAGAGAGGGCCUUUUACCUUGGUCGUGUUCAGUGCCAUGUCUGGCAAAGCUUCAAUGCCAAGAAUCCCGAACAACAAGUUCGAGGGUCGAGUGCUGCAUAGCCACGAGGUCAAGGACGAGGUACUGAAAGAGGUCGUCAAGAAGAACCUCCGAGUCCUUAUCCUGGGUGGUGGCAAGUCGGGCUGCGACAUGAUCCAAGCCUGCCAAAAGAUGAACCACAGCAACCUCAUCUGGUUGAUGCGGGCGCCAUAUUGGUUCAUGCGCCACGAGGCCGUGAGCCACAGGCGGACCCUACUUGGAAAGCUCCGCGCGUUUCUGGUUUUGACUACCGUCCCCUGGUUUCUCCUCAAGCCGAGGGUCGGAAUUUUCCUAACGUGGCUACUUGGCGUGCUUAUCCAGCCGGCACAGAAGGGCCUUCCAGCUCACUUCGACCCGAGCCGCUUCCACCUGGGCAUCCUGGAUAGGAGUCAGGAAGCCUUCAUCAAGAAGGUCACACCCAAGAUCGGCGAGCCGAAAAGCCUCGAGAAGGAAGGCAUGGUCCUUGAGUCGGGUGAGAAGCUGCCGUGUGAUGUCGUGGUUUAUGCAACCGGUUACGAGACCGGUUUCGACGACAUCCGGACAGUCAAAGAUGGCGAAGAGGUUGACGUGCGCGAUGACCCGCUUUACCAUCACACGGUCGCCCCGCGGUUUCCUAGCCUCCUGGUCGCCCCCACGGCCUACACGAACUUCGGACCGAUCCGAGGUGUUACGAUGGCGCAGUACAUCACGUACUACCUUGCGGCGAAACCCAGCGAAGCGGAGAUGUUGAGAGUCGCCAGGAAGAACUGGUGCAAACAGAGGCCAAAGCAGUUUCUGCUUUUCGGCGGCCAGGUCUUCAUGAGAGAGUACCUCUACAUGUUCCUGGACUUCGUGCGCGGGGGUAUUUUGCCUUUUUCCUGGCUGCUGAAAGCAAUCUGGGACCUCUUCAUCAACAACCUCUACCGCCCUUUGCCACUUUCUGUCGGCGUGCAGCAGCAAUGGCUCGGCGGUGCUCCGUACAGCUGA